CUGUGCCAGUCACUGAAGCAGGGCAGAUUCCUUGCGCAUGCGCUGUGAGGCGCAGACUUCCUUGUUUGUGAUGAUCUCUAUAGGGCGGGGAUUAUGGAGGAAAUGCUGCCCUCUUUGCCGUCUUAAUGAUUAUGGGAAGGCUCUAGCAGACACCAGAGAGCAGCUCAUGUAUCGACAAGAGCAAAUAAGAAUGUCAAACCCGGAAAGCUUCUACCGAGAGAAAAUGCAGGAAUUACAGAAACAGAUGAACUCUGUAAUGCUGGCCAUCAAUAACAACUCCAAGGUGGCUGCCUUCAUGAACUCCCCCAUCGGACAGUACCUGGAUGAACGUCCCUUUAUGUCCCUUGCACUGUUGAUAUUUAUUGCCUUGUCAGCUGUUCCUGUUGGUUUAUUUCUGACUGUCAUUGCUGGGACAGCAGUCGUUACCUGCCUCGGGGUCAUAAUAAUAGAAGGUAUUAUCAUCUCGGUGGGUGGUAUUGCAUUACUGUGUGUGCUCUGUGGCCUUGUGAUCCUGUCUUUUGGAGUUUCUGGUAUCUUAAGCGUUUGCUACAUAGCCGUCUCUGCCAUUUUGAACUACAUGCAUACAUCCAGGAUGCCGCUGCAAGCAAAUGCCACGACCUGCUCGGAACCCGCGAAUGUGUCUUCAUCAGCGCAAUCGGACUAAGCAACGUGGAUCGUUUACAUGCUCUCAAAAGGGCCUUAUGGAUAGUUUGGGUUUCACUGCCUAAUGAAUGACUGUUACACAAAUAUAAAGUCUCAUUGUACGUGUUUAUUCUAUUUAUGCUAUUUAAUACACUCCUUCUUCUGUUACAUCUUCACCGUUAAUGUCUGUAGAAUUUGGGUUUAUUCACAAUUCUGGUUUUCUGUAUGAAACUAUAUUUUUGGAAAGCAUUAAAAAAAACACUGAUGUGCUUCAUAAAAAAAA